AUGAAAAACAAAGAAAAAUCCAAAUUUGGUUAACAAUUAAUUGCAUCACUCCCUUCAUAUUUGAAUAUCUUAGAAAUAACUAAUUAUAUUGCCUAGAAAGAAAAAGAUUAGUAAAUUACUUGUUUUAGUUGUUAGAAUCUAAAUUAUUACAGCAUACAAAAGUAGAAAUCGAUUAAAAGCAGCAGACUCUGAGUUGUAUCAAUCUAUUGUAGAAAAAUUGGAAUAUUCAAAAAAAGAUUUAGAUGCUAAUGAAUUUGAGCUCAUGGCUUAAUUCUUAGAUGAAAUUCAACCAAAAUAUGAGAUAGGCGAUUAAAUUAAGAAAAUUUCAGAUAUAGAACAAGUCAUAUCUUCAAAUAACAAUCUAAAUUUUUAACCAGAAAAAGUAACACUAUAGAUACAAAAAGAGUUUAUAUAUAUAAUAAAUAUUUGGGUAAUAGGAUUUUAUUCAUAAUAGGAUACUAUUGUUUUAGGGUAUAAUGGACCGAUAGAUGAAGUAGUUUAAUUGCAUCAAAUGAAAACUGAAUGGCACGGUAUAGUAAAACUUAUAGCAAUUUCAUUGAAAUCUACUACAGAAGAGAUUAUAGAACUAGUUACUUUAAAGAAAUGGUAAUAUCUGGAUCAUUAUAAGCUAAAAAAAAAUAAAAAAAACAAUCAUUAAUUUCUAAACAUGCUAAACAUAGAAGGGUUGCCAUUUGCUUUGGUAAUUGGAAAAAAUGGCAAAAUAAUUCAUGCAGGAUAUCACUAUGAAGUAGCUCUAGAUGAUUUAAUAACAUAAGAAAUGUUAAGAAAAGAUGAAGAUGCUCCAUAAUUAGAAGAAUUAAAAAAAAGUAACUACGAUGAAAUUUUUUUGGAUAACAAGAUAAUCAAUGAGCUUCAAGCUAAGAACUAGGAAUAAAAUAUGGUAGGAUAAAAAUAAUCAAAUGAUAAUAGAGUGUUAAAUAUAAGUUAGUAAAAUAAAUCAAAUGAAGAUAAGAAUUAUGAAAAAUUGAAAAGUGAUAUUUCCUUACUUUCCAAGAACUCAGUUGAUGAUAAAAAUUAGGAUUUGAAGGAAAAAUAAAAUUAAAAUAUUGAACAAAUAAGCAAGGAAUCGAAAUUAUAGAAUGCGAAUAGCAUGAUAAAGGUGCAACUUAAAGUGCUAAAAUAAUAUCUUCUAGAUAUACAAAAGGUUCUAAAAAAUUUACAUUUCCAAUCGAAGUUCUAAAUUGUUUUGAGGAGAUAAAGAAGAUUAAGAUUUGAUGGUUGUCUUGUGAUCGAACAAAUAUCAGAUCUUGAAUUAGAAUAUUAAAUUACUUAUCAAGAAAUGGAAAUGUUAGAUUAUUUUAUGGAGUAAGUUUGGAAUAAAAUACCUGAGCAUCUGCGAAUUGUAAAAGUUUCAAAUUUGUAUUCUAGAAGUGAUAUUAUUAAAAAUAUAAUUUCUAUUGCCUUUGCUAAACAUGGGGUUUCGAUAAAAUACUAACAAACAAUGAAAAAAUCUUUAAUCUGGGAUUCAAAUUCACAAGAAAUGAUAAUAAAUGAUAGUGAAGGCUACACAGUUCAAUCAAGUGGACUUAAUCUUGAAAAUUUUUAUGAAGGAAUUUAAAAAGCAAAAUUAUCUAUAGAAGAACUUAGAAAAAAUUUUGAUUAUUGUGAAGAGAUUAAUGAAGUAAUUGAAAAAUUACAGUCUAACACAACUCUUGGUCGUGGAAAAAAAUUUGCCCCUAUUCUAAAUUACAAAAAUUUUGGAUCUUCAAAAAAAGAAAAAAUUUCUCAUAUUAAAGGGUAAGUAUUAAUUAUUUUCUAUUGGUAAUGCAAUAAGAAUUGUAUAGUUUAACUGAGAAAUAUUGAUGAACUAAUUAUAAAAAAUAAUGAAUCUUGGAGCAAAAUAGUUAAAUUUGUAGCUCUGAAUAUUGGAAAUGAAAAAGAAUAUAUAUCAUUUUUAGAAUAAAACAAAGAACUUUAGAGCCGUUUAUAAAUCUAUAAUAAGGAAAGAGCACAUCUAACUGAUACAUCUUUGUAUGCAAUUACAUAGGUUCCUUAUUUCAUUCUUGUAGAUAAAUUUGGAUUUAUUAGAUAUAUAUAAAGCCCAAUCAAUUUAGAAAGGUCAAUCUAAUAAUUAGUAAAGGAAAACGAAAGAGAUACAUAUUAGAAAAAUCUUAAAACGCCAAUCCAACAACAAAGCGUAGAUUUGAUCAAGAGGAUUAUAUCAUCUAAUAAUUUCAAAACUUAACUAUUAUCAAUUGAUUAAAAAAGGGUUAUAGAGUUUAGGCUGGAUUUUGAAGUCUAAUAAGAUGAAAAAGCUAAAAAUGCCUAUUAAAAUAUCUAUUUGAAUUACUUCAUUAGGGAUAAGCAAGAGGAAGAAUUUAAUUAACUUUUAGAUAAAAUAUUUUCAAUCAUCCCCGAGGAUCGUUGGAUUAUAAGAAAAUAAAUCCAAUAAACUGUCUCAAUUCAAUAUCCAGGAAAUAAAUGUGUAGUUUGCUCAAAAGAUAUUUCAAAAGAACCUAAAUAAUAUUACUGCUAUUUUAAGAAAGAACAUGUUUGUGUUGAAUGUGCAGAAUUUACUGAUCUAUCCCAAAAUGGGAUGUAUAUGUAUAAAUAUCAAGAUACAUUAAUCUUUAUUAAUGGACCGCUUCAUGAUGAAUCAGUCUUACAUGACAUUGAUUCACAUAAAAUUGGAAAAAAUAGAUAACUUUAAAAAGGGCAGAAAGCAUCCCAAAAACAUGAUUUCGUUUGUGAUGGGUGUGUUAUUAGUUCUGAAGGACCUAGAUAUAUAGCAGUGAAUGCACGACCAGGAAAUUACAAAAAGGAUGUAAUUUAAACAUCAAAUUAUUUAGGGGUAUAUUGAUUAUUGUAAAAAUUGUUUCCAGAUACUCAAAAAUAAAGGUUCUUUUGAGGCAAAAAAUAUUGUUGCCAAAAAUUCUCAUUAAGGAAUGACAGCUGAUAGCAUCUUUACAAGGGUUCUCUUUAAUUAUGGAAAAUAUAGGGAUUUUUGA